ACUUUGAGCCUGAUACACCGUCUGGGGUGACGAUGUUCUCGUGCCUCUUUGCCUUUGACUUGAUGGUGCACAUAUUUCACUGCACACGACAGCGACAAAUAAUACAGCGACAGUGAUCGAUGUUUUGCGAUUGCGAAAUGCGGGGACCGCCGUUCAUGUCCACGACGCCCAUCCCAGCGCGUCUCCGCGGUGCCGAGCCCCCGGCGUGCGCCUCUUUCCGUGCGGGGAGCUAUUAGAGCCGCCAGUCCGCCUUCGCGCCCGCCGCUCGCAGUCACUUGGUUUGGCUUAACCUCGUUAACCAGUUUACCUAUCGCUCAACAGCACGUAAUAUACCAUAAAACAUAUAGCGUUGAAAAUCAAGGUUUGAAAAAAUGGAUACUGCUGACCAGAUCGUGUCUGUUGGAACAUUUCGGGUAUUAAAAUUACCCCUUGGAUUUAUACGCGUGUUGGAAUGGCUCUUCGCCAUUUUUGCCUUUGCGACAUGUGGCGGAUAUUCCGGCCAGCUGCGGGUUAGCGUGGACUGCGUCAACAAAACGGACAGCAACCUCAGCAUCGCCGUGAACUUCGCCUACCCCUUCAGGUUGUACCAAACCUACUUCGAUGUCCCAGUGUGUGACGGCAAAACUCGGGAGCGCCUCUUCCUCAUUGGGGACUACUCUUCUUCAGCCGAGUUCUUCGUCACUGUCGCUGUCUUCGCCUUCCUGUACUCUCUGCUGGCCACAGUGGUCUACAUCUUCUUCCAGAACAAGUAUCGUGAGAACAACAGGGGACCUCUCAUUGAUUUCAUCGUGACUGUGAUCUUCUCCUUCAUGUGGCUGGUCAGCUCCUCUGCCUGGGCUAAGGGGCUUUCAGAUGUCAAGGUGGCAACGGACCCAGACGAGGUCUUGUUGCUGAUAUCGGCCUGUAAGGUGCAGGCUAACAAGUGCAAAUCUGUGCAUGGCCCCAUCUGGUCAGGCCUGAACACCUCUGUGGUCUUUGGCUUCCUAAACUUCGUCCUCUGGGCUGGGAACAUCUGGUUUGUCUUCAAAGAGACCGGAUGGCACAAGUCGAGCCAGAGGUACCCGCCUGACUCCUCGGAGAAGCGGCACAGUGGCUUCACCCAGCAGCCCUACAACCAAGGCAGCUGUGAGCAGGGCAACUUUAACCAAUCAGGGGGCUUCGGCACUCAGGGGGACCUGGGCCAGCAGGUGACUUAUGGCCAAGUGUACGACUAUGCCACUCAUGGGUCCACCUCAUUGGCUAAUCAGAUGUAACCAUGGUGAUCUAGUCACCCCAUCGGUGCAAGUUCAGUGCAAGGAGCUGGUAUGUGUGACAUGGCAAAGUGGCAACGAGCGUAGCCUGUUCUGAAGCCUGAUGCAUGAUUUAUGGGUCGAGGAAGAGUUUGGCUUCAGUGACGGCAUUUUGGCGGGUAGCGGGACAGGCAGCGUGUGCCAGCUAUUGACAAGUGUUGUACAAAGUCACAGAUAGACGCAUUCCGUCAUUAAAGGUUUCCUCUCGUUUUUUCUAUCUGUUGUGUUGACCAUGGUUCACACUCUCCAUCGCCAGGUCAUGUUGACUCAUGGUAGGGCUGUGCCACUGACCUUUCAAUGGUAAAUAUUUCUCAAACUGAUUUGCACUCUCGUGAAGGAUAAUGUGGUCAUUUGUUUAUCUGUUGAGGAAUAUUAUAUUGUAAUACGUGCAUGACUGUGGUGUUUAACAUGCCUGUUUGUGUAGAUUAAAAUUAAAUUAUAUUUAGUUUAUAUAUCUGAACAAGUUUUAAAUAUCUGAAACUUUAAAGAAUCAACUCAGGCUCAUUUUGAAAAUGGGCUAUGCAAAAAAAAAAUUCUUUAUUGUUAAACUUAGUGUAACUUUUAACCAGAUACAUAUUAAUACAUUUAAAAUAGUAUUUAAAUAUAUCUGAUCUUAAUAUUAAUGCAUUUAAAAGAAUUUUUGCCUGGAUAUUUGCCUAUAUAACACAAAAUAUCUUUCUGUGGGAUUAAAAAUUCUGCUAUUGUUAUGAAGACCUGUAAGUGAAAAUGUUCUGUUUGUUUACGGGUCCUUUUCUAUAUGUAUUCUUACAUGAGAAAUGUAAAACAAGGCUGUGAAGACGGGCUGCAUUUUUCUGUCAAGUUUGCUACCAAUAUGUUGUGAUUGUGGACAGCGAAUCACAGCAGUGCGGUAGCUGCUGCACGCAUCUGCACGUCAUGGUCCCUAUCCAAGCUUGAUGUAUCCCUGCCACUUUGUACACCACUUGCUCCUUGGUGCCCCCUGCUGACUGAUUUUAUUUGUAAUAUUUCUAAAUCCAUUAAUUGGGUUUAUAUGCAUUUUAAAAGGUCUGUAAUCUCAACAGACAUCAAAAGAGAUAUUUUAAAGGGACUAUUUCUUAACUUUGCUAUGUUGUGUCUUGAUAUUCAAAGCAUGUAACUUAUUUUGCCUGGGAAAAAUGCGUGUUAUUAAUGUUAAAAUGUUCAUGUGAAAUUGUUGGAGUCCAUAUACUUAUUGUAAUCUGUACACGAUUACCAAGUGUGAAUGGUGUUGUAUGUGAAUUUGCAGUGGUGACAAUUAAAA